CAAUGACGGUGUGCACCAUCACCACAAGCGAUGCCUGCGGCGAUGAGGGUAUGCCAACUCGGCGGCCACCGCACUUGCUUGUCGCCGGCUCCGCCUCCGCUCCCCUCCUGUACUCGGACACGCCUCUCUCCUUUUGGGGCGGCACGGACCCCGCGACCGGCCGCAUCGUGGAUGUCCACCACCCCCUCGCGGGCCAAAGCAUGGCGGGCCGCGUCCUCGCACUCCCCGCGGGCCGUGGGAGCUGCUCCGGCUCGCUCGGCGUGCUCGAGUGCAUCAUGUCCGGGCGCGGGCCGGCGGCGCUCGUUCUCGGCGAACCGGAUGAGAUCAUGGCGCUCGGCGCACUCGUAGCGGGCACGGUGUUUGGGCAAGACAUCCCCGUUGCAGUCGUCGGGCGGGAGCGGUUUGCGCGCCUCGCUGCCGCGACCUCCGUCACUAUCUCCACCACCUCUAAAGGUGGGAUGUUAAAUGCCGCCCUGCCGGGCAGGACGCUCGCGAUCUCCCUGGCUGCCCUCGAUAGUCUGGCCGCCGAGGUUGAGCUCACCCCCGCAGACCGGGACAUGCUAUCUGGAAAGGCGGGCCAGGGCGCGAAAGAGGCGAUGGACCUCGUCGUCUCCAUGGCCCGAAUGUAUGGCGCAACCUCGCUCACCUCCGUGACGCGAGCGCAUAUCGACGCGGUCAUCUACGUUGGCCCCGCUACGCUAUCUUUUGCGCAGCACUUUGCGGGCCUCGGGGCGCGCUUCGCCGUCCCCACGACGCUCAACGCCGUCUCGGUGCCCCGGGAGUGGGAGGCGCUCGGUGUCCCCGCCGCCGAGGCGGAACCUGCGCUCGCCCUCGCGGCGGCAUACGAGAGGCUCGGGGCGGACGGGACGUCCAGAACGUGCGCGCCGUACUUUCUCGCGUCGCCGCCCGGCGUCGGCGAGAGCGUAGGGUGGGCGGAGAGCAACGCCGUCGUGUACGCGAAUAGCGUGCUGGGCGCGCGCACGCUCAAGUAUCCUGACAUGCUUGAUGUCGCCGUCGCGCUGACGGGCCGCGCACCGCUUGCAGGCGCCCAUGUUGAUGCGGCCAGGCUCCCGCGUGCUCGCGUCGACGUUGAUGCGGAUCUGAAGAUUGGCGGAGCGGCGGGCAGCCUGUUCUGGCCGCUCCUUGGGUACUGCGUCGGAGGGGCCGCAGGGCAUGACGUAGUCGUCGUGUGUGGUCUCGAGAAUCUGCGUCCCAGGCAGAGCGACCUCAAAGCGUUCAGCGCAGCGUUUGGCACGUCUUCCGGCUCGCCCAUGUUCCACAUCCGUGGAGUGACGCCCGAGGCGCCGGCCCGCGUUGUGUUCAACGUCGAGCGGACGGUGAAUAUCGGGCGCGCCGAUUUGGCAGGGGCGUGGGAGAGUCUCAACUCUGCGCAAGAGGAGGACGUCGGUCUCGUUGCGCUGGGGAAUCCCCACCUGGCUGUGGACGAGUUUGGGGAGCUGGCCGAGCUCGUCCGUCCGUUACUCGCAAGCGGGAAGCGGGCAGAGGUGCCCUUCGUUCUGACGGCUGGCCGGCAUGUGGUCAAAGAGGCUGAGGAAAGGGGUUUCCUCGAGCCGCUGCAUACAUUCGGCGCAACUAUUGUUGAGGACACAUGCUGGUGCAUGAUCAAAGCGCCAGUCGUACCCGAGCUCGCACAAAGCGUCGCGACCAACUCUGCAAAGUACGCGCACUACGGCCCUGGCGGAGUGGGCAAGCCAAUGUACUUUGCCAGCACAACUGACUGCGUUCAAGCAGCACUGGAUGCGCGCUGUAGACGAGAGCCACCAUCGUGGUUGUCAUAAUGCAUGCUGGUCCGACUGCCCCGCAACAUCUACACGGUUCCAGCGCCUAUCCACUCUCGCCUUUGGACGCCGAGGGCUCCUGAUGGAGCCUAGGAUUAACGCCCGGUGCCACGGCGCAGAACAACGUAUGCCUGAAGUUAACAUCGUCAACGCAAUGCCGGUAAUCUCAUACCAUGAGAAGAGGGCCGAUACUCGCCGCGGUCAUACCCGCCAGGCUCCAGAGCUUCGGCUUGUCGUCGGGCGUGAUGGGUUGGCCAUAGCGCAAGACAG